AUGGCGUUGAAUGCCGCAUCGCACAAUAUCACUGGUGACCCAACUGGCUCUCCAUCAGGACCUCCACCACCAGUAUCUUCGGACAUUACCUCGACGGCGCAAAACGCCGCACAAAAGGACUCGAUGGGUCAGAGUGUGCCCGGAAAAGACCAGAAAGGCAACAAUGAAGGCCAAACCGUGAUGGGCGAGGCAGGCAAGCCAAAGACGGCCAAAGAAAGUAUGCAAGGCACCGCUGGAUGA